CUUGUGUUGUUCCAGUCCACGUACUGCAGUAACCUCGUGAAGCACUGUGAGGUGUUGAGGCGGUCGGUCCAUGUGGUCAACCUGGACCCUGCUGCUGAGACGUUUGACUAUCCUGUCCUUGCGGAUGUUCGAGAGCUAAUUCACAUCGAUGAUGCCAUGGAUGACGAAGCCCUCCAGUUUGGUCCUAAUGGAGGCCUGAUCUUCUGUAUGGAAUACCUGAUCCAGAACCUGGACUGGCUUCGUGAACAGCUGGAUGACAUUGAAGAUGACUACAUUAUUUUUGACUGUCCAGGUCAGAUUGAGUUGUACACACACAUCCCGGCCAUGAAGCAGUUGGUGGAAGCCUUGCAGAACUGGAACUUCCGUGUAUGUGGCGUGUUCCUCAUCGACUCACAGUUCAUGAUCGAGGCAUCCAAGUUCACGUCAGGAGUGCUGACAGCGUUGUCCACGAUGGUGAACCUGGAGAUCACUCACGUCAACAUCCUCACAAAGUUGGACCUGCUCAGCAAAAAGGCCAAGAAAGACUUGGACAGGUAUCUGGACCCGGACAUGGAGAACUUGCUACACGAAGAAUUCAUGGACGGGAAAUUCAGCCACAGAUUCAAGAAACUUAACGAGGCCAUUGCAAAGCUGGUGGAUGACUACGCCCUGGUGAAGUUCCUGCCAUUGGACAUCUCGGAUGAAGAGAGCAUCAACGACAUCUUGUUGCAGAUAGACCUGGCCAUUCAGUAUGGAGACGAGCUGGAGCCUCGGGAGCCCAGGGAACCAGAAGACCUUGACCCAACGGAGGAGAAUGUUGACAGUGGGUACGACCAAUGAGAAUAGAAGCUGGCCUGUUGUGUGUUACACCAGUGAUGGAUCACUGUGUAGGAAGUAGGAGAAUGCACUUCUGGUCUACAUCAGUGAUGUUAGUUCAAGAGUACAGACAAUGUUACUGGAAGUGUUGACUCUUCUGGUCUGUAGGGGCGGUGGGGUAGCCUAGUGGUUAAAGCGUUGGCUCGUCACGCCGAAGACCCGGGUUUGAAUCCCCACAUGGGUACAAUGUGUGAAGCCCAUUUCUGGUGUCCCCCGCCGUGAUGUUGCUGGAAUAUUGCUAAAAGCGGCUUAAAACCAAACUCAGUCAGUCAGUCUUCUGGUCUGUAGCGUGAUACUACUCCAAAAGUAUGGACAUGCUUGCUGGACAUCUGGAUAAUUUCUUCUUCAACUUCUACAGGAAUAACACCAGUGUAGCCAGUCUGCCAGAACUCUGUUUGUUAAAAGCAGCACUCAGCAGUAUUCCAGCUGUAUCACGGCAGUCUGUAAAUUAUCGAGUCUGGAACAGACAAUGCAAUCAUUGACAUGAGCAUUGUCCUACAACCAAGUCGGCGGGGUGGCCACCAAAUCCAAUUAGUCACCUUAUAUGACAAGCAUGGAUUGCUGAAGAUCAAUUGUAACCUGGCUCUUCACGGGAGCCUGCACAGUUCAAGCAAACGGCCAACUGUAACCCUUUCACUUAUUGUAAAUAUUGGUGUGAAUAUGGAUGUAAAUAUGAUAUUAAAAACACUGUACCAUU